GCUGAGGUUUUUGGAAUCAACAAGGAAAAUUCAUACGGAUGAAAAGGAGAUCUAACUUUUGUAACCAUCCAGUAUGAUUCGAUUGAUGUGUCGUUAUUUUCGAUCGAACUCAAUCGAAUUUAUCAACAAGAGGCAAAUUCACUCUAUUUCAUCGGAAAUUCAAAAGUUGAAAUGGAGUGUUGCUGACGAGGAGAUGAACCCCCUUAAGAUUGCGGUGGUGGGGGCCGGGGCAGUCGGACUCUCCACAGCUUUCUGUAUACAGGACAGAAUACGGAACUGUGACGUCAACAUUAUUGCUGACAAGUUCUCACCCAGUACCACCUCUGAUGGAUCCGCCGGUCUGUGGACGCCUUUCCUGGUACCAGAGGAGCAAAUAGAGAUGGUCACACGCUGGAGUAUGGAGACCUACACGUACCUGCUGGAGAAGUUCCGGUCUGAGGAUGCCUAUAGAUACGGGGUUCAGCUUAUCUCAGGCUUCAACUUCUGUCAAGAAGUCAAAACGGACCCCCCGUGGUGUAAGGAUGUGAUAGGGUUUCGUCGUCUUGGAGAAGAGGAACUAAAACUUUAUCCUGGGAAAGACUUUGGCAUUUUCUACACAGCCUUUACUCUUGAUGUCCCUAGUCUUCUGUCUUCAUUCAUGAGAAAAUUCAGAGAGCAAGGUGGAUUUGUGAUUUCCAAAAAACUACGAUCCUUACAAGAGAUCGAAUCCUCUUAUGACAUCAUUGUUAACUGCACUGGUAUUGGUUCUGCUGAAUUACUGAACGACACAAAAGUCAAACCAAAAAGAGGUCAAGUAAUCCGGGUAAGGGCUCCUUGGAUUAAGCACUUCUACAUCGACAUAGAUAAGAAUGAUGACGUCACGUAUAUACUGCCUGGGAUAGAUACUGUGGUGUUAGGGGGGACAGCACAAGAUGGUGACUGGAACACAGAGGACGACCCUAAAGACAUAGAGGGUAUUAUGGAAAGGUGUCUUAAAGUCAUGCCAAGUCUAAAGGACAGUAAAAGGAUAGGCACAUGGGCUGGACUCCGCCCAUAUCGUGAGUCGGUACGGCUAGAAAUCGACAGAAACACAGACCCAUCCAAGGCCAAAGUAAUCCAUAACUAUGGCCACGCUGGAGCUGGCCUGACUAUAUUCUGGGGUUGUGCUAAGGAUGCAACAGAUCUAGUGAUGGAUCUUGUCAGGAUACAUAAAUCCAAGAUAUGAAACGACAGAAUUCAACUUAUAACAUAUCACAAUGAGAUUUCACAUAAGAAGCCUUUACUGGUGAAUAAGGAGACUUGAUAUACCACAUUGUCUGAAUCAUAUGGAAGACAAUACUAAAGAAAACAUUUCUCAAUAUGUCAGACUGUCACAUUUCUCAGCCUAUAUCUUAGAUUUGUUGAAAUUCUGUUUCAUGAUUGAAAAUAAAUUCCAUAUUCAAAUACAA